GCAAGUAGAACCGGAAGGUACCCAUCAACACACCUCAUGCACCCUCUCCAUGACAAAGCUCGCUUACUCAGCUUGCAACAAGCAAGUCUUGGUCUUCCUCUUCUACCCUCUAGCUAGCUAGCUAGCUUUCUCGACCCCCCAAGAAAAAGAGGAGCAACCAAAAUCUCAUACUAGAUCGAUUGAUGGGAGCUAGCUGGUUUCAUUAGCUGCAAUUUCAUGGCGCAUAAGAUCCAGGGCAUCAUGGUGAAGCUAGCUCUGCAAGAAGUCAACUAAUCAAGAAAGCUUGCUAGCCGCCCUUGGAACUACAUAGGGAAGAAGAAGACCAGAUCAGCUGUAGCACAUAGAGUUAGGUUAGGUGGAGAGAUGGCCAACAGGUGGUGGGACGAAGGGCGGCUGACGGAGGCGCCGGCAGCUGCAUCAAGCCUCGCCAGCGACCAGAACCGGCAGCAGCUGGAGGACGCCAUGGCGGUGCCCAAGGUGGACGGGGAGAGCAGCCACAGCGGCGGAGGGAGCGGGCAGGACGACGAGCACGAGCCCAAGGAGGGCGCGGUGGUGGUGCCGGCGAACCGGCGCCCGCGCGGCCGGCCGGCGGGGUCCAAGAACAAGCCCAAGCCGCCCAUCUUCGUCACGCGGGACAGCCCCAACGCGCUGCGCAGCCACGUCAUGGAGGUGGCCAGCGGCGCGGACGUCGCCGAGGCCAUCGCGCACUUCUCCCGCCGCAGGCAGCGCGGCGUCUGCGUGCUCAGCGGGGCCGGCGCCGUCGCCGACGUCGCCCUGCGCCAGCCCGCCGCGCCCGGGGCCGUCGUCGCGCUCCGCGGCCGCUUCGAGAUACUCUCCCUCUCCGGCACCUUCCUCCCCGGGCCCUCCCCGCCGGGGUCCACCGGGCUCACCGUGUACCUCGCCGGCGGGCAGGGGCAGGUGGUCGGGGGCAGCGUGGUGGGCGCGCUCACCGCCGCGGGGCCCGUCAUGGUGAUCGCCUCCACCUUCGCCAACGCCACCUACGAGCGGCUGCCGCUGGACGACGCCGAGGAGGACCACCAGCUGGAGGCCGCCCGCAUGCACGGAGCCCCCGGCGGUGGUGUCCCUCCGAUGAUGGCCGGCGACCCCUCGGCGGCGGGGAUGCCGAUGUACGGCGUGCCGCCGAACCUGAUGCCGGGAGGCGGUGGGCAUGCGGCGCCGGAAUGGGCGGCGCAUGCACGGCCGCCCUACUAGCUACCUAGCAUCAAUCAAUCAGGAGUAGUCCAUGUGUCGACGAUUCCAAGCAUCAAGUUCAGCUAGCUCCUCCCAUCGUCCUCAUCGAAAUCCAUCCUACCAAUAACUAGACUUGCAUUGCAUAUAUUUAGCAGCUGGUGGUAAGUAACUAGAAUCUCUGAUUUUGCUUUGCUUAUUAUCUGCCAAAAAUCAUUUUGGAGUUGCUUGCUCCGAUUCAUGUAUGAGGAAUUAUAAAUGAGCUCCUUUUACUGCCUGCAGAUUGGUUAUUAGUGAUCAUAUAGUAAAAACAGAACUCUCCAAGUGUGUGACUCUUAUAUACCCCAUCUCUGACUAUUGCAUGCGUAUGUAUCCUCCCUGCAUAAUUCACAAAGUUCCUUUAACUUAACUAGUUAUAUGUGUGAAGGAAUGGUGAAUAUAUAUGUAUUUAUGCAAUUGUAGUAUGAACACAAGAAGCCUGGCAUUGCUGAGAAAUAUUUAUAAUGAAUUCACAUUUCUUGCAAGAUUAACCAGUUCUGCUUGGACCAAUGGAUCAAUGUAUACAACAUAAUUAUGAAACUGGAUCUUCUGUUUGAUUAAACUAAACUUUAUUUGAGUCAUUUUUCCACAUGUUUUAAUCGCUUGAUGUUGCUCAUCCUUUAGUUACUGAAUCUCAUUCCACAUUCCUAGCAAUGUUAUGAUAGGUUGAUGUUGCCAUGACUGCACAAGGUGGCCAUAUGUGGUCAUUUCAUCAAGUUUAUGAAACUUUUUGAUUCGCAUGAUCCCCAAACAUAGGAAUAGGAAAGACAUGAGAAUUUGGUACAAUGAAAUGUUUUUUAUCAUUUAUGCCACUAGUUGUGUCCCACUACUCGUUUAUGCCAUUGCUCGAAAAUGCCACUGCUCUGUUAGGCACAUGCUAAAAAAGCCACUACAAGCCAUUACUAUCAGCUCAAAGUUCGUUUAUAAUAUUAUAUGACCAAAAUACCCAUGGAAAAAAUGACAGCUCUCCCUAUAUCUCGCUACAAUAAAGUGUGUGUCCCACUCAACCCCAAAGUGUGUUCUUAUUUUCCUCUAAAAUUAUUUGGUUGAUUGCUUCUGGUAAGUAGGCCUCACAAUUAUCACUGUGAGAUAAAGAGAGCUAACAUGCGGGUGUAGGGGUAUUUUGGUCAUAUAACAUAGUCAACUAGUUUGACAUGACAGUAACGGUGUUUGAUUACAUUUUUGAGCAAACAUCUAAUGGAGCGAUGUCAUUUUUUUAGGUGUCUAAUAGCAUAUUUGAGCAAGCAUCUCACAAAACGAUGGCAUUUUUGAGCGGUUGUAACUUUUAAUACAAAACUGAAUAGUGGGACACAACUAGUGAUAUAAAUGAUAUAAACCAUUUUUUUAUUUGAGAGUUGACUGUAUAUUGACAUAAGCAAUAGUUGUGGGUGUAUGGUUGUAGCACCAAACAAUGAAAAAAAACUUUUAGGGUUAAGUGCAUUGACUAUAUAGUUGUCUUGGACAGGAGGAAAAGUCCCAACAUGUUAAAACUUCAAAAGUUUGAUUGACCAAACCACUACAGUAACCAAAACAUAAGGCGUAGUUUGAGUGUCCAAGUGCAUGUUUUGACCGUGAAUCUCCCGUACAAUGUUUACCCGGUUACAAAACUAUAACAACACGGAAAUGUUUUGAAAAAUAUAUUUGAUGGUGGCUAUGUUAUGUAACAUAAAUUAUAUAUGGUCAAAGCAUUAUAUUGGAUAGUCAAAGUAAGUUAGUACGGUUUGUAUACAAUGGCGUGGUCCAAUAUUAUUCGUCUCGCUCGCGUGCUUGCAUCGGACAGAUCGGUAUUGUAAAAGGUUGAGUAGCCAGCAGCUGCCCCCAUGGAAUCAAAAUUUGAAACCAAAAGCAAAUUGAUCCUAGUGCACAUUGGUGCUGAAAAUGAAAAUAGCAUCAUCCUAGCUACCUAGGGGACCGAUCGAUAUGCUCGCUGGCCGGUUAUUAGAGGUGCAUGCCUGUACUAAUUUCAGCUCGGCUCAGAUACGUGUGUGCGUUCUUCCAUUAUUAUAGUCGGUGCAUACUUGCAUAUACGUUCAUGCAUAGUAUAGGUAGCAGAGAAUGUGUAAUAAAGCUUAAAAGGCGGCUUCCUCUCGGUUUUUCUCUCUCGAAAAAAAAAAGCUCUAGACGCGUCGGGUGGAUAGUAUAGGUAGUAGAGAAUCCCGGUGGCUUCGCUCUGGUUAGUAGUCUAAUUAGGUUUUAGGGGUUUUUAAUCCUUGCGGGCGGCGCUCGGAUGGAUAGUGACACUUCUUCUUUAAGUUUGUCUUUCAGGUUUCGAUGCUCCUUGCAUAUGAAUGAAAGAAAUGAAAUAGAUGAGACAUUCUUUAAGCAAGCAUCUAUCCUUAAACAUAAUUUACCUGUUAAAACUCUUGAAGAUCCUCUACCACCCAAGAGCGAUCCUGUGUUUGAAUUAAAGAAACUACCCGAUACACUUAAAUAUGCUUAUUUUGAUGAAAAGAAAAUAUAUCCUGUUAUUAUCAAUGCUAACCUUUCAGAGCAUGAAGAGUUUGCCUGUCUUGGCGUACUCGACAAACCUCCGGCGUAGAUUCAUGUCGUCUCCUUCGGGUGGUGAGGUCAGUGUUUCUUACAUGUGACGAGAUCUGGUGACAGGUGCUUCAGAUCUAUUCAAGAGUUCAACGGCGACGACUGUAGAUUCAGGACGCUAGUCCUUAGGGACACAUGCACGAAGACUUCUCGGUUGUCAUUGACAAGGUCAAGCCGGCUCCGGUAAGUGAGCGGUGACAAAGGCGCGUCGGCGGAUCAUCCUGACGAUAGUAGUGGUCUCGGAAUCUCAAUAUAAUUUUUAUUAUGUUUGAAAUGCUUUGUACUUUUGAUGAACUUUAUAAUAGAUCUGGUCAUUUUUGCAAUAAAAGGUUAUAUACAUAGCGAGA